AUGAAAGAAGGAAGGAGAGUAGUUAAGGACAGUGUCUUGGACCGUCACAUGAUGUAUCAAUCAACGGGUAAACUGGCUGUCCGGACAGCGCUUUGUAAUUUUGACCGAUCCGAUGCAAAGGCUGCAAACACGGCUAGAAUGCUCUUCUACCAUCCACGGAGACUGAAUUUGUCCGAGGAGUUGCUAUCACAGGUGCAUGCCCUACAACGUCAGGGCGAGAUGUGGAAAGACUCUCUGCGCUACCAGACCCCCAAUAUGGACACGAUGGGUGGCAUCCGCCGACUAACCUUGAAUGACAACCCUCACAUAGGCAAUAACGGCUCCAAGUUGCUGUGCGAGGUGCUGCGAGACGAUAGGUGGGUCAAAGCCAUUGACCUGCAAAACUGCGGCCUUGCUGACCCCGCAGGUCAAGCGUGGUUAAACCUCCUCAAGGCGCCCGUCAAGGGGUUAAAGGGCACUGGCGAGAUGGCGGGCAACCGGACACUGGGCAUUGUCGACUUGAGGCGGAAUAAAAAAAUGGAUAGAAAUAUUCUUCGAGCUGUUACAGAACGCGUUCUCACCAAUUCACAUGGCAAGCAUCUCGAGUUUAAGUGGUUGAGAGCACUGGCCAAACCAGCGAAUCGAGGCCGAGUAACUGACUGGCCGGGUAUGGUUGGCGUGUUGCGAUUGGAUUUGGAUGCUCCGCAGCCACCGAAACGCACCUCCACAGCCAACCCUACCUACCAGCCUAAACCCGUCCCGGCAGCAAGAACUAUACAGAGACCAAAUUUUAGGCCUGCAGGGGGACCUUUGACCUCUCGACCACUGCUUCAAGCACGUGCUCAAAGUCUACCUCGUCUAAACAGUGCAACACAAGCACCACAACCGGCGCCUCGUCUGGGUACGCGCCAGUCUCGUCUGUCACGCUCGGCCAGUGUCUCCGCUCAAAACACACCCUGGAAGGUUGGUCUAACACGUAUCACAAGUGUCUAUCUCGGUGGGGAUGAUGAAUCUAACUACAACAACAAUUUACAUGAUGAGAACGCUAUUGUACGUGGCAUUCCAUGGCGCACUGCGGCUAGAGCCAGACGUAACACCGAGACUACAGCCAAAACUGAGGCAAUGGUUAAAGUUCCACCAAGUCUAAUGACUACAUUGAGUAAGAUGGAUUUGGUGAAUGGGAAACAAUCCACAAACGGCACCUCCUUACUGUCGUCGUCACCAUCAUCAUUGCGAAAGGCCUCUCUUCCCUCCAAUUCGAGUGUGGGUGGUGUGGAGGCCAGAAAAACCUCCUCCACUGGCACUUUGACAUCGUCCGUUAACACUUUUGCAAAAGGUACCUCCCAUCGCUCCAAGGAGGGUUCACCUGAGAGCCGACUGCGUCAACAGUUGAAGAAACACAUGCGUAAACGUCUUGAGAACAUGGACCUGCACGGGAAGAGGACCGACGUCCUUCGCGACCUCUACGCCCGCUUGAAUGCAACCCUAUCAGAGGUGGAGAAAGUUGUCAAGAAAUUGGCAGAUCAAAAAAAACCAAAACUAACUACAAAAUCGGAGGAGGAACAACUUUUACUCAUCCGAUCAGCUUUGCGAGGCAUGAUGACCCCACUGCGUCGCCAAAUGAGUACUGACAAGGUCAAUCAGGCCUCUUUCAAGGUCAACCAAAGACGCAUCUUCUCCUCCUACGGACACUACCAAAAGAAGAAUGCCAAGUCUACACGAGAUGUGGCUUCAGGCACCUCUACUAGAUCCACUAAGCAUUCCACGAAGAAGGCUAGUGGAAGUCAGGUCUGUUCUUGCCAGUUCUGA